ACUAAAAGUGUGUUACUCCGGAUUUUUGUGUGGUUUUGUCCAUUUAGUGCUGUAGUAUGAUUUUUAUAGGCCACCUUUGGUUAUGAUUCGACGUAUCAUCGACUCAGUUUCCCUGCUUGUUGACUCGGAGUCUCAAAAUAACAUGGAAUUUUUUAAUGAUAGAGAUCUCAAUCCCGAUACCUUUGUGGAAAGUGAUUCUGAUGACAAUAACAAGAAUGUUCCUGGUGUUUUGUCCAAUACGACUUGCUCGUUCACUGAUGGUUUAGAAUCCUUUUUAUCUAACGAUUGUUUGAAAGAAUGUGCACCUAGUUCGAUUACUUUAUCAAAUUCUAACUCAUGUUAUAUUGCUAAUGAGGAUGACCUACAUCAUCAGUUCAGUUCCUCUAGUGAUGAAGAAACAGUAGUAACUUUACCAAAGCCUUCAACACGAGAUGAAUCUCAGUCUCCGGAUAUGGUUGAUCUAAGUUCGAUUCCUCUUCGUUCUCUUCCUGGGGGUCCAAGUUUACAACACCAGAGAAGCAGACUCAAAUUGAAUACUCGGAAAAAAGAAGCUCAUAAGUGCCAAAAUAACAUUAAGUCGUGUCUCACUGCGCCAGCUAGCAGAAAGAUGGAGAAAGACAGAAGUGAUUUCAAAACAGGUGGUUGUUUCACCCAAGCGGAUCCACUAGUAAUGGAGCUUGAGUGUCACAUUUUGCCGUUUUAUCGAAACUUGUCGGAAAUUGAAUUACGAUUGCCUGCCAAAUUCGGAGCGAAAAUGUAUCGUAGUUUACUGAAACAGCUUGCAGCUGAAUAUGAAUUACUAAUUUUAUCUAUUGGGAAAGACCGAUUGCACGAUGAAUGUCUGGUCGUCCGUAAACGAGGUGCAUUACAGCAAAGACAAGAGUUAGAAUUGGAGGAACAAAGAGAAAAACAACGUCUAAAGCAACUGAAGGAAAAAGAAGCGGCCAGGGAAGCAGUAGAACAGAUUGAUAAGGUCAAAAUUGAACUGGAAAAGUCACAGACUGAUACUGGACAUCAAGAAAUAUCUUGUCAAGCUAGUUUCGAUGAGCAGAAACCUGAGAUCGGUCGUAAACGUGCUAAACGUAUACGCAAAAUGAGAGAACAACAAAAACGAGCUGAACGUAAUAAAAAGAAAAUUGUUACAGUUGAUAGUUUUAUGCAAACUGUUCCAGACGAUUAUUGGCUUUGUCCUUGGUGUAAUGAUCAUAUUCCUCCAGAAAGUCAAUGUGGACAUGAAGCGAUUUGUCGUGCAGGUGUUCAGCAAAAAAAGAAAGAAAAUGAACUGAAGGCACGAUUAAAACAACAUCAAUUGUAUGUAGAGGCUAAAAAACGUCAACGUUUAGGAUUACCGCCGUUGAAAAAUCAUCAUCAACAACAACAACAACAACAUAAGUCAGAAAUAACUCAUUCACGUAGUCGAAGUCGUAAUCGUGAUAAAUCAAAUGCAAAUAGACAUGAGGUAAAGUCAACAGGAAACAUUACUAAUCCAACUAUAAAAGCAAAAACUGCUUCAGCUAAAUUGAAUGAAGUUCAUCCGAAUGAUAUGGAAGCAAUGAUAAAACUUAUGCAGCGUUUGUGUACAGAGUCCAAAUGUCAAUUACUCGCUGAUAGUGAUUGUGUAUCCUUGUCAGCCAGCAAAUGUUCACAGUGUAAACGUGCUUAUUGUUUUAUUCAUCGUCCAAUAGGAAAACAUAGUGCUUGUGCCUUGAAACAUGAAGUGUCCAUUUCAGAGAAUGCUACAUCUGUAGCCUGUGGUUGGGAUGCAGAGGAAAAGAAAGAAGCAUUAAAACUCGCGAUGCGUGAACGUAAAGCUAAACUUCGAGAAAUGCGUCAGCGAUGUUAAACUGAACACUAACACUUUGGCUGUGACCUAAUUAAUAAUAACUUUCAUAAUAAUAAUAUUUUUUACUUUUGAACAAUUUUUUUUUCUUAUUUAUAAUGCUAGCUUUUUAUACAUUUUAUUUUAAAAAAAUUGUUUAUUUUUACAACUGAUCAAAUUCAUUUUGAUGAAUUUAUAAUUCGAUUUUGUUUUUUCAAGAAAAAUAAAUAGCAUAACGGUUUU